GGGAUGUCAAGAGGAAACCUAGAAUCUUAAUAGUGAAGAGGCUGUAGAAAUCAUCCCAGGUCCCUUUAGUAUACUGAUUGAGAAGCCCACGACCAGAAGGCAGGGGACUUACUUGAGGUUACACAGCAGGUUAGUGACAGUCUACUCACUCUUCAGCCGUUGGUCAUGCCAUGACAUAGGCCUGUGUCUCUUGAUGCCUGUGACUUUUAAUGGCUUCUGUGUCAAGGAAUCAGAAAUUAGCUCCUGCCUCAGAUUAUAGGGAAGAGAGUCUGAGCCAUCUAGGGGAAUUGUUGUUUAGCUCAGAGGUACAGUUGAUGGGGCCUGGCUCUUCUCUCUAGAAUGACCUGAGACAGGUUGUUUUUUUCUAAAUAUAGGCAGAGAGGGUUCUUUUUAUUAUAGGAACUUCAUGAACUUAAUAGCAAAAAUCCUGACCCUCCACUUGAGAGACUUGUGGCCUUAGGCUGUUGCUGUUUAGCCCGUGUGUGAGCACCAGCCAGUCUACAAACUGCAUUAUUCAUUGCGAUUGUUUUUCUAAAGGUGAGAUUACAUUUUGGACCUGCCUCUCCCCUGCCCUACAACUCUGAAAGAUUAUAGAUGAUAGGACAGACAGACUUUUAUCCUGUGGGGUUUGGGGCAUUUAUUUGAUUGACUCAUUACAGCUUUGUUUUUUAGUAUAAAGUAAUAAUCCCUCACCCUGAAAAUUAUUUCACAGUUUCCAAAGUCCAUUUCACCAGUUUUCUUAUUUGAGUCUUUUAACUGUGUUAGAUAGAUGAGAAAGCUGUCAUCACUCCUGUUUUCUAGCUGAGAAAACCUCUGAAAAGUUGUGGGCCUUGUCCAGGGUCACAUGGCAGGUUGAGGAACGACUGGAACCAGGGCUCAGCAAGGAUGCCCUCAUCCGGUGGUUUUCCCAGGACUUGGCACAGGGUCUUUAGAAGCAGUUUGCAGUGAGAUGUUAAAAUUGAUGUGACGGUAGGUAGAGCUUGUCCAGUGCUGCUUAUUUUCCAGUUGGCUUUAUGUCUGCUCCUUCAUUUUAUAACUUUCCUUUAACUUUAGACGACUUGUGGGUAGAGCUUUGGAAACAAUGCUUUUCAUUCCAAAGGCAUAUGCACUUCCAAAGUCAUUUUCAAUUGUAAAUUGUGAAAAAUUCUAGCAGCUUAUUCUACCCUGUCAAUUACUAAUUGCAGAAAAUUAUAUCAGAAGUAGAUGGAGAGGAGGCACCGCAAUUUCUUUUUCAAUUUUAAACUUGUAGAAAUCCUAGAAGUUUCCAUCUUGUAAAGACCUUGUAGAUGAUCUACAGUAGAUCAUCUACGUUAGUGGUGCUUUGGGCAUCUUCUCCACUUCAGCCAAAAUAAUGCUGCUUUUAUCUUUUAUGUAUUCCUUGGUAUUUCAUUGAGGAAAAAAGAAGUCAUAAUGUUGUUGGUGGUGAUGAUUUUCAACUCUGAAGGUCACACUAAUCUAGUCCAGCUAUUGAGUGCACAGAUCAGGAAAUUGAGGCCCAGUGUGGAGGAGAACCUAUCUACGGGGAGUGGAGUAGUGGCUGAACCAAAGCAAAAGCCCAGGUUUUCUGGUGCCUCCCUCUUCUGUACAAGGCUGCUUGCACUCCACCACAGGUCCCUGGCCUGGCACCGUAGUGACAGUCCUAGUGGAAGCAGCAUUUGUGGAGCUGCAGAGUCAGCAGCCAUAGAAGCUAUGAACUUCUUGUUUUUCCUAUGCUGACUGACAUGGGGUUACUGUGGCACCUGUGGUGGGGAUACAAAGGACCUUUUUAUCGUGAAAAUAUAUCUUAUCAGCUCUAGCUCUGGCUACAGUCAAGAAAUAUUUUCUGAGCCCUAACUGUGGAUUAGGAGCUAGGAAUUCUCUUGAGUGCAUGACAACAUACAGAGUGCUUUCACUGACAUUAUUUAAUUAACACAAUAAUCCUGAAAGUAGUGGUAUGGGGCAUUUUUGUUUUUGUCUUUUUUUAGAGAUGAAGGCUUGCUAUAUUGCCCGGGCUGGCCUCAAAAUCCGGGGCUCAAGCCAGUCUCCUGACUCAGCGGGACUGCAGAUAGGGGCCACCCCACCCGGCUAGCAUUGUUUUUUAUUGUUUCUGUUUCAUAGAAGGAGAGAGUAACUUAACAAGAGACAUAGCCAGUGAAUGAUAGACCCAGGACUGGAACCUGUGCCUCCUGACCACAGAUGCUUUGCCCUUUUGCUCCUGCGCCUGAGUUAGAGCUGCCUCUAUCCUCAGGGACUGGUAGGGAGUGAGGAAGACAGCACUCACAGAAAUGAGAACCCUGCAGCAUAGACAGUAAUAAAGAAGGGGCAAUAAGAGUUGAGAAGUUGGGGACUGUCAGGGAAGACCUCAAAGCAAAAGUGGGAUCUCAGGUGAACUUUGAAGGGUAGGGAUGAUUUUUUAGAAGGCUCUGGCGGGCCUCAUAGGCAAGCAGUCACCCAGGGGCUGCUGUGAGUGCUAGGGACACAAUGGCAAACAAGACAGGCAGUCUUGUCCUCAAACUGAGGGCAGAGUAGGGAGGCAGAAUAUAGUCAAGAAAUCAUAAACAAGAGAUGUGGAAACAAUAGAGCAGUGGGGUAGAGAAUGACUGGGCCACUGCCUUAGCCAGUGCCCUCAGUGGGGACGUGAGGCAGCCAUGUCAAAAUCUGAAGAAGAAAAUAUUGCUGGGAGGGGCAGCAAGUAUCCUGAGAUGGGAACAGUUUGGUGGGUUCAAGGGCUAAAAAAAUAGAGAGGCUGGAGCAACAUGAAGAAGGAAGAGUGACAGCAAAUAAUGGCACAGAGGCCUUAUCAGGCCCAAUGGCAAAGCCUGUGAGCUGUGCUGAGUUUAGCAUGUAUGUCAGAAUUUAGUUAGGGGAAGCCUUUGGAGGGAGGGUUCUAAGCAAAGGGAAGGAUAUGUGAUAGAAGCUUAAGAAAAUCACUCUGUCCCCUAUGUGGUAAUGGCUGGCAGAAUGGAGACAGGAAGACCUCUUGGGAGGCUACUGCAGUCAUCCAGUGAACAGAGUAUCUGCCAAGCUCGGGCUUCCGUGAUGGUCUACGAUGACACCAGUAAGAAAUGGGUACCAAUCAAGCCUGGCCAGCAGGGAUUCAGCCGGAUCAACAUCUACCACAACACUGCCAGCAACACCUUCAGAGUCGUUGGAGUCAAGCUACAGGAUCAGCAGGUUGUGAUCAAUUAUUCAAUCGUGAAAGGGCUGAAGUACAAUCAGGCCACGCCAACCUUCCACCAGUGGCGAGAUGCCCGCCAAGUCUACGGCUUAAACUUUGCAAGUAAAGAAGAGGCGACCACAUUCUCCAAUGCAAUGCUGUUUGCCCUGAACAUCAUGAAUUCCCAAGAAGGAGGCCCCUCCAGCCAGCGUCAGGUGCAGAAUGGCCCCUCUCCUGAUGAGAUGGACAUUCAGAGAAGACAAGUGAUGGAGCAGCACCAGCAGCAGCGUCAGGAAUCUCUAGAAAGAAGAACCUCGGCCACAGGGCCCAUCCUCCCACCGGGGCAUCCCUCAUCUGCAGCCAGUGCCCCCAUCUCAUGUAGUGGGCCUCCACCGCCACCCCCACCCCCUGUCCCACCUCCACCCACGGGGGCUACCCCACCACCCCCACCCCCGCUGCCAGCCGGAGGAGCCCAGGGGGCCAGCCAUGACGAGAGCUCCAUGUCAGGACUGGCUGCUGCCAUAGCUGGGGCCAAGCUGAGAAGAGUCCAACGGCCAGAAGAUGCAUCUGGAGGCUCUAGUCCCAGUGGGACCUCAAAGUCCGAUGCCAACCGGGCAAGCAGCGGGGGUGGCGGAGGAGGCCUCAUGGAGGAAAUGAACAAACUGCUGGCCAAGAGGAGAAAAGCAGCCUCCCAGUCAGACAAGCCAGCUGAGAAGAAGGAAGAUGAAAGCCAAAUGGAAGAUCCUAGUACCUCCCCCUCUCCAGGGACCCGAGCAGCCAGCCAGCCACCUAACUCCUCAGAGUCUGGCCGGAAACCCUGGGAGCGGAGCAACUCGGUGGAGAAGCCUGUAUCCUCGAUUCUGUCCAGAACCCCGUCUGUGGCAAAGAGCCCCGAAGCUAAGAGCCCCCUUCAGUUGCAGCCUCACUCUAGGAUGAAGCCUGCUGGGAGCGUGAAUGACGUGGCCCUGGAUGCCUUCGACUUGGACCGAAUGAAGCAGGAGAUCCUAGAGGAGGUGGUCAGAGAGCUCCACAAGGUGAAGGAGGAGAUCAUCGAUGCCAUCAGGCAGGAGCUGAGUGGGAUCAGCACCACGUAAGGGGUCAGCCGCGCUGCGCUGAGAUGUCGAGCCCAUCUGGCGACGGAGGACAGCCAGGAGCCCAGCCAGCCCCAGACUCCAGCGCACCAGAGCACGCACGGGAGCGUAGGUGCACUGCCGAGAAACCUCCCGACCUGUGAUCACACGUUACAGUGAGGAAACCAAGUGCAACUCCUGGAUUUUUUUAGAUUCUACCUGACACAGAACACCAGGUCUACUUGUCUUUUUUGUAUUUUAUAUUUGCUUAUUUAAGUGUACAUUUCUUUUGGUUUAUAGAGAGACACCCCUAAAUCACCUGCUUCAUUAGAUGGUUUCCAGGUUUUCUCCCAGGUGACGCUGUUAGCGCCUCAGCUGGCAGUGACAGCGGCCCGGUGUGGCGCCACCGUGCACUGCAGAGCUGUCCAGCGCAGCUCCGUCCCCAGCGAUCAUGGUGUUGAAAUUGUCUGUCAUGCACCACGGUGUCUGUGUUCACACAGUAAUAAAGGUUUACUGUCCGCACCCUCGCA